AUGAUGCUCUGUAUUUUGCUGAGUGUCAUACAGACAACACUGACCUAAUUUUAAAUCGCGAUGGUUCAUCUAACAGUCGUUAAUGCCGUUUUAAUGCUAUUAUCGGUCAAGCGUUGUUGAUAAUACUGUUGAGGCGAAUGUAAAUACUCUUUAUUUGGUUUUUUUCUUUUCAUUCCCUGCCUGCUCUGGCUCUCAGGAGAAGGGGGGGUGGGGGGAUAUUCAGUAUCUCUCAGCCUCCGCCCGCCUCUGUGGCUCCGUACCAAAGCUGUGGAGAGUCAGGGGGAACCGCAGACCGACAGGGGGACUGAGAGAGAGAGAGUGAGAGAGAGGGAGAGAGAGAGAGAGGGGCGAUGGCCGCCGGUGGAGGAUGCGGGGAAUCGGUGGAUCAGUACCGGGCCGAGGUGGAGCGGCUCACCCAAGAGCUGGCAGAGGCGAACCGGGAGAAGAUCCGGGCUGCGGAGUGCGGUCUGGUCGUCCUAGAGGAGAACCAGGCGCUGAAGCAGAAGUAUGCGGAGCUGGAGACCGACCAAGAGACUCUCAGGAAGGAGUUGGAGCAGUUACAGGAGGCAUUUGGCCAGGCCUACACCAACCAGCGCAAGGUGGCAGAGGAUGGGGAGACUAAUGAGGAGACACUGCUGCAGGAGUCAGCCUCUAAGGAGGCCUACUACACAGGCCGCGUGUUGGAGCUGCAGACUGAGGUGACGCUAAGCCGCUCUGUGGCGUCCAACGCCCAGGCGGAAAAUGAGAGGCUCAACGCACUCGUGCAGGAGCUACGAGAGAGUAACGAGAUGCUGGAGCUGCAGAGGAGCAGGAUGAGGGAGGAGAUAAAGGAGUACAAGUUCAGGGAGACCAGGCUUCUUCAGGAUUACACAGAGCUGGAGGAGGAGAACAUCACGCUGCAGAAACUGGUCUCUACUCUCAAGCAGAGCCAGGUGGAGUAUGAGGGACUAAAACAUGAAAUUAAGGUGCUGGAGGAGGAGACUGUCCUUCUCAACAGCCAGCUUGAAGACGCUUUACGUCUAAAGGAAAUCUCUGAGGGUCAGUUAGAAGAAGCCCUGGACGCCCUGAAGAGCGAGCGCGAGCAGAAGAACAACCUGAGAAAGGAACUGGCCCACCACAUCAGCCUGAGCGACAGCGUCUACGGGGCAGGGGCCCAUCUGGCACUCACCGUCACAGGUGUUGAGGGCCUCAAGUUCCCAGAGGAGACCAAUGGAACCAAUGGUACCAACGGCAGCACCAUCCCCGCCGCUAAUGGCAACAAUGAGGACAGCAACCGGUUCAACGGUCACCUCCACACAGGCACGGGGCUUGGUAAGAUAAACGGGGAGUUCCGCCCAGGCCGGAAGGGAGAAGCUCUGCACCCUGUGCCGGAUCUGUUCAGUGAGCUCAACCUGUCAGAGAUGCAGAAGCUCAAACAGCAGCUGCUACAGGUGGAGUGUGAGAAGGCAGCGCUGCUCAUGAACCUACAGGAGUCACAGACCCAACUGCAGCACACACAGGGCGCCCUGACCGAGCAGAACGAGCGUGUACAUUGCCUCACGGAGCGCGUCAACGCCAUGAAACGUCUCAACGGUGACAAGGAGCUCGAUGACCCACAAGAGAGCGAGAAGCCCGACGGCGGCUCACCACCAGCCAACGGACACCAUGAUCCCGACAUCCAUGGGUUUGAGAUCCUGGAGUGUAAGUACAAGGUGGCGGUGACAGAGGUGAUCGACCUGAAAGCAGAGCUCAAGGCCCUGAAGGAGAAGUACAACCAGGCUGUGGAAGGGCAGGGAGACUGCCACAGUGAUGACAGGGUCCAGGCAUUGAGCGAACAGGUAACUCAUUUGGAGCGAAGUUGUCGUGAAGGCCGGGAGAGGGUGGCAAGCCUGGAGGCAGAGCUCCGAGCGGCCACGAGCACAGCCACAGAGAGCCAGGGCAUGCUGAACACUGCACAGGACGAGCUGGUUACCUUCAGUGAGGAACUGGCGCAGCUCUAUCACCACGUCUGUCUGUGCAACAACGAGACACCCAACCGCGUCAUGCUGGACUACUACCGGCAGAGCCGCGUCACGCGCAGCGGCAGCCUGAAAGGCUCCGACGACCCUCGGGCUUUGCUCUCACCUCGCCUGGCCAGGCGCCUUGCUGCAGCGUCUGCAGCUUGCUCCUGUGAUUCCCAGCGCAGUCCCAUGGACUCCCCAUCCAAAGACGCCCAUCACAAUGAGACAACAACCAACACAGCUGAUUCUUCAUCCUGCCACAGCAGCCCCACCCGCAACCCCACAGGCUCCCCGGUCAUUAGCAUCUCUCCUUGCCCAUCUCCAUUGCCAUCAGAGGCAGGUGGGGACCUGCGAAAGGAGCCCAUGAAUAUCUACAACCUGAACGCCAUCAUCAGAGACCAGAUCAAACACCUCCAGAAGGCUGUUGACCGCUCACUGCAGCUGUCCAGGCAGAGGGCUGCAGCCAGGGAGCUGGCCCCAAUGCUCGACAAGGACAAGGAGUCAUGCAUGGAGGAGAUACUCAAGCUUAAGUCCCUUCUCAGUACCAAGAGGGAGCAGAUAGCCACACUCAGACUGGUGCUCAAGGCCAAUAAACAGACAGCAGAGGUUGCGCUGGCUAAUUUGAAGAGCAAGUACGAGAAUGAAAAGGCGAUGGUGACAGAGACAAUGAUGAAGCUGAGGAAUGAGCUGACUCUGAAAGAAGACGCUGCCACCUUCUCAUCUCUCAGGGCCAUGUUUGCCACAAGGUGUGAUGAGUACGUUACCCAGCUGGAUGAGAUGCAGAGACAGCUGGCAGCAGCAGAGGAUGAGAAAAAGACGCUGAACUCCCUCCUCCGUAUGGCCAUCCAGCAGAAACUGGCCCUGACCCAACGCCUGGAGGAUCUGGAGUUUGACCAUGAGCAGACCCACCGUGGCCGUGGCGCUAAAGUGCCCAAGAUAAAAAGCAGCCCGCCCAAAUUUCUUGUAGAUUGUCAGCAGCCUGCUGCCUCAGUACCGUCACUCUCCCCACAACUAAGGCGAGGGAGAGCCUCCCUAGCCCGCAGUCCUAAAUUUGUGGCAGACCUCCAGGAUCACCACACAGUCCUGUCCAGCAGCAGUAGCCUUCUCUCCCCCUGCGACCCACGUAACUGUCUGGUCCAACAACCCCACCCCUCCGGCACCUAACCUCGCUGCUCCAGCCCAGGCCCUGACCCAGGCCUGGUAGGAGUCACGCAGAGACACUCUGGAGGGGGGUUCCCUCAGUUUAAGUCCCCCCCUCACCCUCACAGUCCAACGUGGUGCUUAGUGGACUCUGUGACCCUCGAUCCUCCACCCCAAGCACUACAUGGCCCGGGCCCCUGGCAGGCCUCCUGGUUACCUUGGUCGCAGAAGAAGAGCAUCCUCUCUGGAAGUGAUAUCCUGUCCUGGAAAAGACUGGACUGAGGCGCAAAUGCCAGAGUGACAAAUCAGGGGAAUCACUUCCCCUAUUCCUACCAGUAUUUAUUAAUUUAUUGAUUAUUUAUUUACAUAUUGAUUUGUGACAAGUUCCUGAGAUAUUUAUUACUGGAAUGUUUUUUCUGUGUUUGUUGGUCAUUCUUCAGGAUGGAAAUGAAGACAUGUUUUACUGCGUGUGGUGAAGACAGUGAUCACAGACAACUUGGCACAUUCACUACUGUAAAUGGCCAAUUCUGUUCUCUUCAACAAAGGAAACCCAAUGUAACCCAAAGCAGAACUUCCUCAUUGCAAACGUUCUUACUGAUCUAGUGAACAGGUUUAAAACUUGCCUAACCUUACUAUACAGCAUUUAUGAUGUUAGAUUUUGACAGUAUAAUAAUCCAAAAAAAUAUACAGUAUAUGCCAUUUUUACAUAGGCGUGUGAGAGUACAUUGGGUUUGACAUUGCAAACAGACUAAUGAAGGUAAGCAUUUUAUUACAAGAAAAUUGUUUCUUGUGGUGGUGAUGGGUGGAUUUCAACUACCUUUCUAACGCCACUAGUCUUUCUUGGAAUGCCUGUUUUUUUAUACUUUUAAACUUUUUUUUGCAGAUCAUGUGCAUAAAGACUAUUUUAUAUCUCCUUUUAUUUUUAUUUAUUUUUACAGCAGACUCUGGUGACAUGGUUGUGUCUGUUACAUAGCUCAGAUCUCUAUUGAGACUGAGGUAGAUGAGAAGCUGUUUGAGAUCAGGACUAGGGCUGUUGGCCUGGAUUGUUGCCUUUUGAAUUGCACAGGUUUAGGUGACCAUGGAGUGAUCUGACCUAUUUCUUUUUAACAUUAGUUAUGAACUGAGUAUUCCCAAAAGGUGUGCCUCCUCUUGAGUUACUGUCACCUUCAUGUCACCAUUGUGUUCUCAACACAAAGUAUUCUGUCUUUUUUGAGAGCUUUUUCACUGCAUUUGCCACAACCCCAGAAAACCUUUAGUUUCCCAUACAAUGACAACGACAGACAUGUCAAUCAAAUUGACAUCUUCAUGAUUUGGAGCUACCCUUGUCUGUCAUCGUAACAUUUCCUUGUUGAGCUGUCUCCACAUACUUUCUCCAAGCAUUAUGCAGUACUGUCCAAGCACAAUUAUGCAAUAUGCAUUAUAGCAAUACAGUAGCACCAGUCGUAGACUGAUCUGGAAAAGAUUCGUAUAAUAUUUUAACCUUUUCGGUCACCAUGAACUAACCAGCAGGCUGACAGGAAGAAGAGUGUCCCCAUCGUUCUUAAACAAAAUGGAGAUACAGUUGCAGCACUACUGUCAGUGUCCUUUGACACAAUCGAGAUAUUGUUUCUUUUUGAAACACUGUUUUGAUCACAGAGGAAUAAGUCUGACUAAGAUGGAUGUAAUUUGUGACAUUUGUUGCAUAAUUGAAAUCCCCUCUCUCUAUCUUUACACUCUCAUGUCUUUAAUGUUGAUGUUGUCCUCACUGCACUGAACACAUACUUUUGCCACAUGGAUAUGAAACGGAUAAAUUAAAACUACAUAGCCAGUACUGUGUUGUGAUGACAGAUAAAAGCAUUUCUGUUUCGACUACGGUGAAUGAGUGGACUCUUUAUGUUCUCUGUGUGUGUACAUUUGUUGGAUUUGUCUUUGUUGAUCAGUGUUGAUUGUUACUUUUGCAACUACAGAGUGAUGAAAAUAUUUGUGGUCCAAAAAGUAGCUUUCUGAACCCAUGCAGGCUCAUUGGUGAGCUGACUCUCUUGGUUUGUUUGCACAAUAUAGCAGUGGAUGGAGAGAUUUAAUAAUAAUCCAGUGAAAGAAAAACAAAGCUGUGGUUUAAAAAGAAUGAUAGCUGUAUGCUGUACUACAGUGGGUUUUACAGUUUCUCCUCCAUCUAAAACUGUGUUUAAUUGGUUUCACAAGUAAAUUAAAGAUCUGUCCUUGGA